AUGAAUAUCGCAUUAUUGUUGUACGUUUGUUGUUUUACUAGGUUGUGUAAUGGACUUUGGGGUUGUUUCUCUGGAUCAAAUGAUGAUAGAGAUACCACUUCUACAUCAAAACCAGCUGAAACUACAGAGGUUAAUACGGUAACACUUGAUUUUCUGGAUAUCGGAAAAGAUGUUAUCAAAGAACAAGUCCUCUUCGUUGAAUACACUGAUGAAGGGAUUACCUGCAAGAGUUACACCCUGAGGGAGAAUGUCACUACAACAAAUGUCAAGGAUGGAGAUGCUACAAUAUGGACCACAGGAGACGAAGGGAAAUAUCUCAAAGUCUUGAUAUAUUCCAAGGAUAAUGUCCAUUUGUGUCGUAUUAAUGUGUUCCCUCUGGGUAACAUUCCACACUGCUUUGAGAAGGUAAAUGAGAAAUGGGAAUCACUAGAACAUCCGGAAUUCUCUAAAAAACUAAAUGCCCUUUUAAAACCUGUAGACACAAAAAUGAGACUAGAAUUCAUGAUGUUGUCAGAUGAUGUAGCCGACCUUUAUGAGUAUUAUUCCAGUGGAAUGUUAGUCACUGUUGCAUUCCCAAAGUUCAAGACUACAAGUGUAUCCUAUAUAGGGGAUAUUUGGAAGGCUAACGGCAAUGAAGAAUGUACUCGUGCUCGCUUUUAUACUAUAGGAGGAUGGUUUUGUACUCUUUAUGUAAAGAAGGGUAACAGUACAGAUAUCAAAAAUUUUGAAUAUAGUAAUAAUCAGUGGAAAUGUGUCACUAACCGUAACACACUUAUAAACACCUGUAACUCCUAUAUACCUUCUGAGGACACCAAAACAAGUGUUACUACAAGCGUCAUGGACAUUACCAAGGAGGAUAAUGAGGUUUAUAACACUAGUACUUCCACAGUAUCUGGAAUAAAUGUCAAGAAACACACUCCACUCCCAAAUAAAUUUAUAAAUGAGGUUAAAGAUGGAGAAACUUUAAUCUGGAAGACUCCUGAUGCUCAAAGAGAGAGAUGUGUAUCCUGUGAGCUUAAAUCAAGGGGAAACACCUCCGUAGCAAUCCUAACACUAGCUACCACUUUUGACCUAAGCUUUCUCUAUUUUGAAAAGAAUGGUACUGAAUGGAAGAGUAUAGAAGGUGCAGAAUUUAAUAAUAAGAUCAAGGAGAUGAAUUGA